AUGGGGCCUCCAAUGUGCGCAAAGGGCUGUGGCUUUUAUGGCUGUGUCGAAAACAAGAACAUGUGCUCAAGGUGCUACAAAGAUCAUGUAAAGCAAGAGAAUCUCAAUGCUCAGUCGACCACCACGGUGGCUUCAUCAGUGGAAAAAACUGAUCUGGGUUCCAUCGAUAGAGGAAUUUCCUUGCUUUCUUUUCAAACUUCAGAUGAUUCAGUUUCUAAUACUAAUACUAAUACUAGUAAUAUUGAUAAUAAUAGUGGAUCAAAGAAAAACAGGUGUGAAAGCUGCAACAGAAAGGUUGGAGUGUUGGGGUUUGAAUGCCGUUGUGGUGGAGUGUUUUGCGGAAAGCAUAGGUAUCCAGAAACACACUCAUGCAAUUUGGAUAUCAAGAAGGCUGGAAGAGAUGUUUUGGCCAAGCAAAACCCUCUUUGCAAGGGUGACAAGCUGCAGUGCAGGAUUUAG